AUGGGGUGUCCCCUGCUGCUGCUGCUGGCCUUGCUGACCGUGGUCACCAAAGCCAAGGUGUUCAGCCGGUGUGAGCUGGCUCGCCUGCUCCAGGAAGAGGGGCUGGAUGGCUAUGGGGGCUACAGCCUCGCCAACUGGCUCUGCAUGGCCUUUUACGAGAGCACCUUCAACACGGCAGCACAGAGCAUCAAAGCGGACGGCAGUGCCGACUAUGGCAUCUUCCAGAUCAGCAGCCAGCAGUGGUGCACCGACGACCACAGCCCCUCGGAUAACCGCUGCAGGAUGGCUUGCAGGGAUCUGCUAUCGAGUAACAUAACUGAUGACAUCAUCUGUGCCAAAAGAAUUGUGAGAAACCCACAAGGAAUGGAUGCCUGGGAGGGCUGGGCAAUGCACUGCAAGGGACGAGACCUGUCUGAGUGGGUGGAAGGAUGUGACCUGUGA